GCGCCCUCUGCCUUUUUCCAAGUCCUCGGCGAUUCCGAAAAUGGCAGCCUCCAGGGCUUUUCGCACAUUUUCUGUUGCAAAAAUAUUUGACUGCCGUUUUUUCCCCCUAACUAAUAUUUUGUCAAAGUGUCACAUAUCCGAAAAUACUACCUUUACGCCUUCAAGACUUCAGUGCAGCUGUACUCAGAGCAGAUGUACAGCGAUAAAUAGAUGGUCAAGUCAGUCUACACUUCCACUGGCUGUCCCACAGCGGCUUCUUUUCAGACAUGCAACCAUCGUGUUAGGUAAAACUGACCAAUCAAAGGACUUUCAUACGAGCUGCUCUCGCCUUGGACUGGAGGAGUUCUUUGAUGAUCCAAAAACAUAUGGAGAGCCUGAUGUCAAAUCAGGCAGACCAUGGAGUGCUGAUGAACUAAGGUUGAAAGAUAAUGCAACACUGCACAAAUUAUGGUAUGUUCUGCUGAAGGAGAGUAACAUGCUACUGACCAUGGAAGCAGAGGCAGAGAGACAAGACAAGAGGAUGCCUGGCUCAGAUAGACACAGCAAGGUGAAGCGAUCGAUGAGGAAUUUGCAGCAGGUGAUGCAGGAGAGAAACGAAGUGUUGACUGAGUUGAGGACGGGCGGUCCAGAGGAACAUCCAGCCAAGAUGGUGUACACGCCGUUUGGAUACCUGCGAUACAUCAAACCAAAAGAGCAUUAUGUGCCCAUGUAUGCCAACAAAACGUAUCACCGGAAGCGGUACCGCUACAAACCGUUUGUCAAGAAGUACUUGAAUCUAUGGAUGGAAAAAGAGAAUGACAAACGACGGAAGGAGAAACGACAACGCAAGAAUCAGAUCAAGAAACUAAAAGAGAGGUACCCUGACGCUGAUGUGUGGCAGAAUUGAUAACUGUCUGCUCUGGGCAGAAACUAUAAUGCGCACAAUGUGACUGACUCCAUAGUACCAUACGUGACUGCAAGAACUGCAUUGUGCAAGUCAGUCCUCAGGUGUUGAUACAAAUUGGCCUCUUAACCUAUGCACAAAACUACUGGAUAGAUUGUACUCCGACUUUGCCAAUGUCUACAUGUAGGAUUACAGUUGUGCAAUGUCCAAGUGCCCAACAUGACCAUUGAUCAACAUGUUAGACUGUAAAUAUUGUAGUUAACAAAGAAGGUUUCUAAGUGUAGAUCAGAUUUGGAAGAAUCCACACUCCAAAUAUGUUGUCUGUUCUUGGGAAUCUGUUGUUGGAAAACAGGCCAAUAAUGAGAAAUUGGGACUUUAUUUUGCACAUGAAGCCAACCAUUUUCAGUGUAAUGUUUGCCCUUGUGCUCGGGUAUUCACAUGCAGACAUGGUACAACCUUAAAGGCCAGUUUAUAGUUGGUCACACGAUGGGCAAGCGACUUGCAUAUACUUGUGGUUUAUAGUUGGCACUGAAGGACCUUGGCAACGUCAGUACAAAGUUGAAUAAUUGAACUUUGACAUGGUCACUGACCUCACUGUUCAUCAUUGGAUUGAUUAUUUGACCAACAAUUUGAAUCUGAGGGGUACCCCUUCACACACUCUAGACUAUUCCUACCUAACACAUGCCCCUAGAUAUCUCACACUAAUUCCUGAGAUUCAGGGAACACAAUGACCGAGUUCUGUCACAUAUCUUGCUUCAAAUAGGACAGUAGGAUUGCUUGACUUGUAUGAAUAAUGAAUACGCAAAUAAAAUUCAUGAAAAGCAUUCCGUUGAAAUAUUCCAGUCAAUAAAAUGUGAGAGCAACUUUCUAGCAGAUGCUGAAGGAUGAAAAAUUAGGAAUGGGCAUGAAACAUCAGCUUUUUAUGUAUUUACCCUAAAUAUUUACUUCUGUAUUAAGCGAAGGAUGAAAAGAAUGUUCAGAAAUUGCAUGACAAAUGUUUCUAUUGAGACCAACAACAUGAAAUGAAGAAAACUCUUUGAUUUGUUGUGCAUUCAUAAAUCAUUACUGUCAUCUUUAUUUGUGAAUAAAACACCCCCAUUAUAAAA